GUUGGCGUCACGUGGAGAGCGGCGGCGGUGUUUGUCCAUCAAUGAGUCCGAGUCCGCCGCCCCUCAGCCUCUCAGCACCGCGGAGACAGGUUUUUCACACGACUGCUCAAACAUUGAGAUCUACACCGGCCUCAUCACAUGACUACACUGCAGUGCUCCGUGUCAGAGCAACACAGGGUUCAAAGAUGCUGACUAGGAAGAUAAAGCUGUGGGAUAUUAAUGCUCACAUCACAUGUCGACUUUGCAAUGGAUAUUUGAUUGAUGCUACCACAGUUACAGAGUGCCUACAUACCUGUACGUACCAGAAUCAAAAUUUCAAGGUAAGCAUCUGUUUGGAAUGCAAUAGCAGUAAGUUACGUGGGUUGAAGAGAAAGUGGAUUCGCUGUUCAGCGCAGGCUACUGUUCUACACCUGAAGAAAUUUAUCGCCAAAAAACUCAACCUAGCAUCAUUUAAUGAGCUGGAUAUUCUAUGCAAUGAAGAAAUACUUGGAAAGGAUCACACUUUGAAGUUUGUUGUUGUCACUCGAUGGAGAUUCAAGAAAUCGCCCCUCCUGCUACAUUACAGGCCAAAAAUGGACCUGCUAUGACAUAAAGUUUUAUCGUCAGCUGAACUUCAUAAGGUGCAAAUUUUGCAGAGACUAUCAUCCAGCACUCAGCCAGUGCAUCACUGGAUCUAGCAUGUGGCAAACACCAGCAAACACACACCAGAUCAGAGGUAUUGCUCAACUGGAACUGACCCAACAAAAGCCUGCUUCUGUGCUCUCUACUACAUAGUGUUGGAAUUGCUGAAGUUGAAGUAGGUUUACAGUCAUAAUAUAUUACAAAAAGGAUCAAAUGAAAUUGCACCAAGACACUUUUUAUACCUGGUUUAUAAAGAAAAAAAACACAGUGACAUGAAUUUGAUGUGUUAGAAGGCUUUGUUGCGGGCACAAGAAAUCUUUUAUCGUUUACAUUUUGAGUAUUGCUUUAGCAAUUCUGUGAACCUACUUGUGAUUUUAAAUUGUUUUAAUGAUGCAGUUUAUUAAGCUGUGGGUCGCUUUGGCUUUCUUAUUUAAAGAGCCUUUCAGACAGUUCAUAUUGGUUCAGCUCAGCAAUUCGAAAUUGAAAUUCUGAAUUUUAAAAAAAUUGUCUGUGAAACUGCUCUGUUCACUGUAUUGGCAGAAUCAUUAACCCAUGAGUUAAUGACUUCAUAAAAUAGUGAGUAAAGUGAUUUCUUUUGACUGUCAAUACAUCACAUAGUGGAAUUUUAACAUGUUAAAUUGUAGAUUUAAGAAAAAAAAAUGUUUUUACACUAUCAAUUGCAAACCAAAGUGAACUUCAUGAGGAUUCAGUUCUGAUUUCAAUAUGUCAGCCUGAGCACUGAUGGUCAGGACAUGUGGACCAUGCACUGACAUCAGGUUCCACUUCGUUGGAAUUAAGCAUCAUAGCAGUAUAAUGCAGUACUCACAUGGACUGUCUGCUGGUUUUGAAAACGGAGAUUUUGUAGCAUUGGGCAUUAACUCUGCCUAGUCAUGUACACUCCCACCUUUAUUAGAAUUUGACCAGGCCCCUGUGCAAAUGUUUAUCAUCAUUGGAUUGUAGCAUUGCCUGAAUCAGGCAAGUUCCCUUUGAUGUUUAAACUUUGUACCUUCAAUGAGCUAUAACUAUUGCUGUAGAAAUGUCAACUUUCCUGUUCAGAUUAUUUAAAACACUUUCCUAACAAGGUCUUUCUGUGGAAUUUUUAGUUGCAUUUCUGUUUAGUGUAAUAAUGUUUUGUAAGAUUUGUUUUGCUUUUAUUGUCAGCAGUAAGCAUGAGCCCUCCAUUGGAAUGUUCUCGAAUUUCAGGUGUAUUAAAAGGAUAUUCUCAGGAGAGGUGAUAUAUGUUUGUAUCACAAAUCAUAGUUAAAAUCAUCAAAAUCAUUUUGAAUGAUUCCAAGGACUGUGUUCAAUUUCAUCUUUAUUUUAAAAACAUUGGACCAAUUCUUGUCGCGAACACUAUUCAUAGCCCAAACUAUAAAAAGUCCAAUUUGAAGUAGGGAAAAUUAUGGUCUGCUAGUGUGGAAGAGAAUUUAUGGUUAGAUUAUUGAGGAUUGAUACUUUUCUCACUUUGUUCAGGGCAGUUUCUGAAGGAUUGCGUAUUUAUUUUAAUUAUAUCUUUCAGUUUAUGGUACUGGUGUCUGAUUCUCUUACACUAUGUAUACAGAUUUCGAAAGUAGACAGUCCACCUUUUAAAAAGCGGAACAGCAUUAAACAGAGUUAUGCAUUAAUACCAACGCAGCAUUAUGCUUGUACAGUGUCUUUGUAAAUAUUUUAAUGUGUUUUACUAACUGCAAAACUGUUGGUAUGAAAUGCCCAACAAUUGCAAUGUGCUGUACAGUGACUCGCAUAAUACUAUUUUUGGCAAUGAUAAGAUAUGUUUUUAGAUUAGGUAAAAAGGAUCUUUGCAGAAUUGGAAUUCUAUGAUUUUUUUUUAUGAUGGAUUAAAUGAAAUGUAUUUCAAAGUUGUAUCCCAGUUUAAUUUUCAGUAUGUCAAAAUUGAGAGGGAUAUCAAGAUUUGAUUAUAUGAUUUGAAGUAAAAAUAUUCUUUUGUUACCCUCCUACAUAAUCAGGACAGCUCAAGAAACUUGCUCUACAAAAUUCAAUGCCUCUUUAUGAUCAUUCAGGGCUAGUGCUGGCUGUGACUGAUUUUUUUUCAUUGUAGAAUUAAAACUGUUGUGCUGCCAGUUUUAGUGCACUUUUCAUUAUCUGCUGUGGUGCUAAUAUCUUGUGAUGGUGUAACACUCUUAAACAAUUUCUUAACUGUUACUUGCAUUUGAUCAAUUUUCUUGUCCUGAAAUUAAUACAAACCAAGUUAUUACAAACCUGUUCUGUAACAUUAUCUUUCCCUUCCCAUUUUUAACCUUUCUCAUAGUUUCUCUUUCAUGCACUCCUUAUUUGGUAAAAAUUCAUGUUUAGAGACUCGCCCUUGAGAGAGUUGAUUGAUCUGGAAUUCAGCACUGAGUUCACAAUCUGCCUAUUUCUGUUUCAAUCAUGCAAAGUAGGAUAAUAAAUAGUGCCUUUACAUUUUAAUGCCCACAGUUAGCCUUUCGUUAUGAAUUUCCUCAGUCUACCACCUGGCUUUAUAGUUUAAAAUAAAACUUCAGCUGACUGCUGGGAAGCUUUACAAAAAUGUUAAUCAGAGAGGGAAAACACUAAUAGAAUAAAUGACCUUUCCUCUUUGCAUGUUUUGAUUUUACUCCUAGUCCAUUUAUCACCUGGGGAAUUUUCAUAAACAGUCUACAUUCAUUCAGUCUGGAACUUCUGUGAAAAAAUCUUUUUGUGAAACUACUUGUGAAAAGCCAGUGAGUUUUGAUGAGGUUUGAUAGAUUUACUAAAGGUUGAAUUUUUUAAUAACCAAGAAUCAAGAGUCUCAGAUAUAAUGAGCUGGUUGCCCAACUCUUCCAUCUGCUCCAGUAUUUCACCUUGCAGGCUUAACGUCUUAUGAUUCCUUGUAUUUCAGUUUCAGAUGUAUUUACAUUUCUUUUUUUCCCACUUCCGCUCUGAGAUGAAUACAUUGUUAAUUGUAUCAACGCAAAGUUAAACUAAAAGGCUUUUCCACGGAUAAAUAUUUUCUGGAAAUAGUAGUUAUGAGCUCAGCUACUAUUCAAACCAACUCAGUGGCUUGUUCAGUCAUCUUGGUGAAUAUUGAAGCAAAUACAAAUAUUUUUUAGAAGAGACCAUGAAAUGAUGGUGUGAACCCUUCCCCAUAAGUUAUCAUAUUGGUUGCAUUCCAUUUCACAAUUUGCAGGGAAUGAUUUGAACCUCUUCAUGUACAUCCUAUUGUUAGUUCAGUUCUGUAAACACAACAUUACCUGAACUGAAACAGAUAUAAAUCCUCUUCGAGAUAUCUUUCCUUCAGAUACAUAAUGUGGAAUCUUGAUGUGAUUUGUUGCGAGCGUUUAAGAUCAUGAUUCUUUAUGCUAAUUGCUAUGCUUGUUAUUUUCUGUGUUGACCAUUAAAAAUUUAUGACCGUGUGUCAUAUGGAGCUUAGAACAGAGGCCAAUGGUGCCAUGUUGGAAAUGUCUAGUUCACUUUCUGAACGUUGAUUAAAUAUGGCACUUGAGCUUUGUCCACUUGGUGUGUUCUGAAUGGAGAAAGGCUUGAGCCAACCCUAAACUGAAAGAUUUAGAGAAUUUGAAUGUGUUAAAACGUAGCACCUUGUUACUUGUUACUUGUGCAUCGAGGGGGUUGAAUGGCCUACCUUGGUGCACAUUUGUGGUUUAUGUUAUUACAUUGACUUACAUCCUUUGUUUUAACGUUCAAAAUAGCUUAAUUGCAUGGAAAAUUACAGGUGGACGUGUAUAUUUAGUUAACCCUUGAGUUGGCUUUGAGUGAUGUUGCACCUGUGGAACAAUAUGGGUAAAAGAAAUGAGUGCCUUUAACAAAUUCUGGUCUACCUUUGACUUCAGUUCAAUUAUUGAUCCUGUUACAUAAUCUAAGCUAACUAGUCAGUGGUUAAUUCUGACUAUUGUGUCAUGAUGCCAUAAAUUGUGCAUUUGUACAAAUUGGUGCCAGUUUGGGUGAGAUUUUUCUAACAUUACCUAUUUGACUCUUGACCUUUGUAAAAUAUAUCACUUCAAAGCAUUUUAAGUAAGAAAGCCAAAGCAUAAUGAAGAUAAAACAGCUAUGGAAUUGUUUGGUGAAGCAGCCUAAAGCUACAGUCCUUAAUGCUGUGAAGGUAGGUAUUGAAUUUGGAUUAUGUGCUAUCAAUGAUUAUGGAUGAGUAAACAGUUUAAAUCUGUCUUAAUUAUUUGGGGAUGGGAUACUUCUAAUUCUGCAAUAUUUUCAGCGACAAAUUUUGAAGUGAAAGUACCAGUAUACAAUGUGACAUUCAAGGAAGGCUGAAUUGAACUGUUUGCUCAUUCUAGUUAUAUGUUUACCUAUUGCAUUGUUUUUGAUACGAGUAGCAUAAUGUCGCUGUUUGUGUGGGUUUCAGCUUCUGUGUGGUAUCAGAAAUGCAUUAUUUAUCCAGCCUUUCUUUCAUACCUGAAUCAACACUUGUUUAUUGGGCAAUGGAGCCUUCAAAGAUGAUAUUGUAAGUAGUCUUUUUUUUAGAAAAGAGGGGGGGCACAGAAUUAUAUAUAAUUUUAUUUUCUAUUAAGCUUUGCAUCUAUGACCUGAUUCCUUGUCAUAGUAACACAGAGCAAGUUAAAUUACAUAAGCUUUGCUGUAAAUUGGCUACCAAUUUAAUCUGAAUUAUUAGGUACAUUUACUAGCACACUGAUACAAUGAGAUAUUUCUUUGUAAUUAGUCACAAUAUUAACUGCAGUGGUGUAGACUGCGAAUGGAAUCAAAUUGCAAUGAUUUUUUAAAAAAUUGUUUGAAUUUUAUUCUUUACAUCUUUGCAACGUGGUCAGUUACAUGUAGGUUUCUCACCCAUUAGUCACCUCAUCAUUCUUUUCAAUCCAUUUCUAUUACAGCAGAUGUAGUAACAUUAUUGAUUCUUUACAACAGUUGAGUAUGGAAGCUAUAUAUGAACUGUUCACUAUACAGAUUUUCUUACAGAUUAUUGAUAAUCAAAAUGGCUGUCUCCUGUAGUAUCUGAUUCUUUCAUUCCAGUUGGGCGAAUCUAGCUGUCUGAUUCCAAAAGUCUUAGCAUUCAAAAAAGGAAAUAUAAUAAUCAUUAUAUUUCUACUCAGCUUUAAAUCAGAUAUUCAAAGUUUGUAUGUGAUGUAUAAAUGCAGUACCUAUAGACAAACCAGUCCUGUUAAUAUUAGCCUGGUGUUGCAGCGUACCUAAGAACCAACUGGUUUUUUGUGUGUUUGAUUUGUUUUUGACAAAGCUUGAAAAAAAUGAUUGAUAUAUGUUACCACUUUGGGUCUUGGUGCUUAAGUGUUGACUAAUUAACAUACAGUGUGGGACUGUUGACACAGUGUAUUCAGGUAUAGGAACAUAUUAUUUGUAGGACAUCAUUUGCAGAUACCUCAUCAGUGUACUCCAUGUGGAGUAUAUUUUGGAGUUUUCAUUUUGCAUCCUCUAUCUAUAUCUCUGUUUUGAUCAUGGGACAGGAUGGAAAUACUGUAGAUACUUAAGGUGGCUCAUGAAGAGUACAAAGUUCCAGCAUUAACCAUAACGGCUAAAUUAGCCUGCUUAUGUGCUGUAAGUUCUGUAUAACAUAUUCCAGACAAAAAGACAGGCGCUUUAUAGCUGACACUAGGUGACAUAUGUCAACAGUAUCAUUUUGCCCGGCAGAAAUAGGAAAGCUCCAAAUGGAUAAUUACUAUAUAAACCCAAAUCUCUUGUAAUAUAAACCAUAUAAUUUAAUUUGAGUGAACAUACCAGCCGAGUCCCACCAUAAGCCUGGCAGGCAAAACUAUUCUGUCUGAUCAUUGACAGAAAGAGAGAACUUAGAGCACAUCAGGAAACUGACUGUCCGUCCAACAGUCAGCAAGAGUCCAUUCUUGAAGCACCUGAGUACACAUCUCUCUUUGCAAGAAAGCUUACCAAGAUAAUUGGUAAUUAACUGGAGUCAUAAUUGUUGUGGAAGAAUGCAGUUUCACAUUCCAAUCAAGAUGACUGUUGCAUUAACUGGUUCACUAUCCCUACACCUUGAUGGUUUAUUGCACUUGUUCGGUUGUAAAACAGUUAUAAAUUUAUGCAAUGUUUGUGUAGGUACAUAAAGCAUGGUUUCAUGUUGAUGUGAUGCAUAUUUAAAAAACAAUACAGAACAGGGCUAACAGACAAUGCAGGGAUCUGUUUCUGCUAAGUUUAACUAUUGCUUUCUACAUUUUUUUGGGGGUAGGAUUAAAUAUAUUAAUAGGUUCAAAGGGAAUUCAAGAGCUUUAGCAAGCUUUCAAUAUAUUUUAAUUUGUAUCACUUGGAAAUUCAGACAAUUCACAAUAUAGUUGACAUUAAACAUGAAGUCACCAUCCUUUAAUCAAAGUUAAAAAUGUUUCAUAGUUAUCAAAAUGCUCAAAUACUUGCAGACUUAUGUGGGUAUUGUACCUGUAAACUGUCUUAUCUCUCCUUCCAGCGUUUUGGCUAUGCUAGUCUAAAGGCACUUCAUUUACCUGCACGCUCUCAUUCUGACACUGACAAAGAGACAGUUAGCAUUACGGUACUGUGAACUAUUCUACCAGCCUACUGAUGAUGCCCCAACAUUUGGAAUAAGUGAAUAGUUACAGCAAUAUUUUUACAUGUUGAUGUUAUGACUAGUGCUUAAAGUUAGUGCACAGAUCUGAUACUCAUCUGCAUAUUAGAGAGCUUUUCUUUUGACUUCUGCAGAGGUAAGUUGGAGUUUGUUAACAAUUUUGUUUAAAAUCUUGUGAUUUAAUGCAAGUUGCUGGUGCUAACUAACUGUUGGAUUGUGUUUUAGGUUUGUUUGUACUUUAGUCUUGUAUUGUGAUAGCAUAAAGACUUAAUUUUCCAGAUGAAAUUGGGAACCAAAUUUGAGUUGUCAUAUAGGGCACACUGAGCAUUUUAAGAUCUCAAUGAUGCCCAAUUGUCAUUUCAGUUGUCGUUUACAACAGUAUAUUAAGCGGAGUGGCAUGGAUGCUUUGCCAGAUACCUCUUGAAUCAAGUCUCACCAGGAUUCACCAUUGAAUUAGUAGAAAUAGAAUGUACACUAUACUUCUAGCAGUUCAGCAACUUCUGGUUCAACCACUUUGCACAUUGCCCAUGAUGUGUGCCAGCUCUGCUGAUGCAAUUACUUCAUCAGCAUAAGAACAGAAAUUAAUAUCAAUGAUUUCUUAAAAAUACUGGAUCACUUAGCUGUACACAACCAUUGUACAUUUCUAAUUUUGAGAAAAGAUCCUGUUAAAGUUUUGAUAUUAGUGCAGAAGCAUUAGUGCAAUGCCUCUAGGUGAAUGCUAACAGGCACUCGGAGUCACCUCUUUAAUAUCUGAUCACUGUACUUCUCUGUAUUUCCUUACAGUACCAGGUUAAUUUGUAUGUAACCUUUCAGUUUGCUGCCUCAUUUGUAUUUUUUUAAAAUCUGGUUACCAUUGCAGGAGAACUGUACUUUUUGAGAACAAUAUUGAAAUGUUCCUGCAUUCAGCCUUUAAAGAAAAAUCACAGCAGCAUUCCUCAGAUUUUGUGUCUCACAGAUUCGACAAAAUAAAGACUUGGCAGAAAACUGGAAGGAGCUAGUUUACGUGAACAGUUUUGUUGUAACUGAUUGUGGCUGUGGUGGGCUAUGUGGCUAAUUGGAGCUCGCACAAGAGUAUGAAAACAGACUAUCACAACAAAAUUAUUCACAUCCAAUCAACCACCUUUCUAAUUGAUAUGAAAAAUAAUUUAUUAACAACUAAGGUGUUCUGAGAAUGACACAACAUGAAUGAAUCAGUAUUACUGUAGGAAAUGAGGCAAUGUCCCUGCUACCAACUCAGUAAUCAACAGAGUGAGCAUUGCAGUCACAUGGUUUCUCAGUAUUUUCUAUUAUGUAGGAAAUUCAGAUCAACAAAUGUGAUAAUAUUGAGGUCUGCAUUAACUCAAUUUUCUUGAUAUAAUUUUGUUACCUAUAGUAUGACAAAUGGAAAAACAUCACCUUAAGUGAACGCUAGUUACAAGGUAAAGAAAAUCACUCAGGUUUACGCCAGAGAUCAUGUGAACAAGUACCUCACUAUUUCAGCAAAUGACACCACCCAGUUUAUAAUAAACUGUUGUGAUGAACUUCAACUUUGUACUAAUCUGCUACUUAAAAUGUCUCCUGUAUUGAGAAUGUUUUGUAACGCUUCAUGUAAAUUAAACCACUUUUUAGCCCUUACAAUGUGCAUAUUUCUUUUGUUCUGUCAAUUAAAAUAAAUUAUAUUUGUGA